GGGCACUUCCGGGUCACCGCGGAAGUGCUUCAUUCAUUCAGAGGGCUGCUGUUUGUGUGCUUUUGUGGCGCCGCAGAGGCAAACACGCAAUAAUACGUACGAUAAACCGGCCCCAGAUCACGCAUUGGGUUAUUUUUUUACUGACGUCUGCAUCGUUGCCGCGUUUUAGUUUUAAAAAUGUCCAGAAGACGGCACAGCGACGAGAAUGACGGGGGACAACCUCACAAAAGGAGGAGGACGUCGGAGCCCAUCGAGAUAGAAGACCGCCUGGAGUCUCUCAUAUGUCGAGUUGGAGAGAAGAGCACAUCCUCUCUGGAGAGUAACUUGGAGGGCCUGGCAGGAGUCCUGGAGGCCGACCUGCCCAACUACAAAAACAAAAUCCUGCGCAUCCUCUGCUCUGUGGCGCGGCUGCUGCCUGAGAAGCUCACAGUCUACACCACACUGGUCGGGCUCCUCAAUGCACGCAACUACAACUUUGGAGGAGAGUUUGUGGAGGCCAUGAUACGACAGCUCAAAGAGACGCUCAAGAACAACCUGUACAACGAGGCUGUUUACCUGGUGCGUUUCCUCUCUGACCUGGUGAACUGUCAUGUGAUCGCUGCGCCCUCCAUGGUGGCCAUGUUUGAGAACUUUGUCAGUGUAACUCAGGAAGAAGACGUGCCCCAGGUGCGCUCGGACUGGUUUGUCUAUGUGGUGCUGUCCUGUCUCCCUUGGGUGGGAAAAGAGCUGUACGAGAAGAAGGAUGUGGAGAUGGAUCGCCUGCUCAAUCAGAUUGAGGGCUACCUAAAGAGACGAGUGAAGACGCAUGUGCCCAUGCUACAAGUAUGGUCUGCAGAGAAGCCCCACCCACAAGAGGAGUACCUGGACUGUCUGUGGGCUCAGAUCCAGAAGCUGAAGAAGGACCGGUGGCAGGAGCGUCACAUCCUGAGGCCGUACAUCGCCUUCGACAGUGUGCUGUGUGAGGCCCUCCAGCACAACCUGCCGCCCUUCACCCCCCCAGGACACAUGCCCGACGCUCACUACCCCAUGCCCCGCGUCCUCUUCCGCAUGUUCGACUACACGGACGCGCCCGAGGGCCCUGUGAUGCCCGGGAGCCAUUCUGUGGAGAGGUUUGUCAUUGAAGAGAACCUCAACUGCAUCAUCAAGACCCACUGGAAAGAGCGCAAGACCUGUGCAGCGCAGUUACUCAGCUAUCCAGGCAAAAGCAAGAUCCCCCUCAACUACCACAUCGUGGAGGUGAUCUUUGGACAGCUCUUCCAGUUGCCUGUCCCUCCUCACAUCGACGUCAUGUACACCACACUCCUCAUCGAACUGUGCAAACUGCAGCCCGGAUCACUCCCACAAGUUCUGGCCCAGGCCACAGAGAUGCUCUAUAUGAGACUAGACACAAUGAACACUACAUGCAUAGACAGGCUCAUAAACUGGUUCUCACAUCAUCUCAGCAACUUCCAGUUCCGCUGGAGCUGGGACGACUGGGCCGACUGUCUCACCAUGGACCUUGAGAUGCCCAAGCCCAAGUUUGUCAAAGAGGUUCUGGAGAAGAGCAUGAGACUGUCGUACCACCAGCGCAUCGUGGACAUCGUGCCUCCCACCUUCUCCGCUCUCAUCCCCGCAGAGCCCCUCUUCAUCUACAAGUACGCAGACGAGAGCUCCGCCUCUUUACCAGGUUACCCAGUGUCCAUGACGGUGCAGAACGCCAUCAAGAACAAAGCCACCAAUGACGAGAUCCUCAGCAUCCUCAAAGAAGUGCCCAACCCCAACCAGGAGGACGAUGAUGAUGAGGGCGAGAGCUUCAACCCUCUGAAGAUCGACGUGUUCCUACAGACCCUGCUGCACAUGGCCGCCAAGUCCUUCAGCCACUCCUUCAGUGCCCUGGGCAAGUUCCAUGAGAUCCUGAAGGCGCUCACAGAGAGUGACGAGGGAAAGCUGCACAUUCUCAAAGUGGUGUACGACGUGUGGAGGAACCACCCUCAGAUGAUUUCAGUUCUGGUGGACAAAAUGAUCCGCACUCAGAUCGUGGACUGUGCUGCUGUGGCCAACUGGCUCUUUUCUCAGGACAUGGCCCACGAGUUCACCAGGCUCUACAUCUGGGAGAUCCUCCACUCCACCAUCCGCAAAAUGAACAAGCACGUGCAGAAGAUCCAGAAGGAGCUGGAGGAGGCCAAGGACAAGCUGGAGAAGCAACAGCACAAGAGGGUGAGUGCACAUCUCCACAGGGUUUUUGCAGACCAAAUGAUGCAUGUGGUCCUGAAACGUGUGUGUGCUCCUCAGAGGGACAGCGGGGACGACGAGGACAUGGAGCGCACCAGUGAGGAUGAGGAGGCUCAGCUGGAGGAGCAGAUCGAGAGGCUGCAGGAGAAAGUGGAGUCUGCCCAGAGUGAGCAGAAGAACCUGUUCCUUGUCAUCUUCCAGAGAUUCAUCAUGCUGCUGACGGAGCAUCUGGUGCGCUGUGAGACGGGCAGUGUGGACAUCAGCACGCCCUGGUACAAAAACUGCAUCGACCGACUGCAGCAGGUCUUCCUCAUGCAUCACCAAACCAUCCAGCAGUACAUGGGCACCCUGGAGAACCUCCUCUUCACGGCCGAGCUCGACCCACACAUCCUGGCCGUGUACCAGCAGUUCUGCGCCCUCCAGCUCUGAGACUAUGGAUAGGCCAUAGAUCGGUAUCGGCUGAUAUCGAUGCAAUUAGUUUAUUGGUGUCGGCCAAUCUCGACGACGAUAUCCGAUGAUUUAUUUUUUUUUUGGUCCCUGCCCCAGUCUUUGCGUGCCCUUUUUGAACAGACUAAUGGGUCAAAAUGGAAAUGGAAAAGCGUUAUUUUAUAUUGCAGUAGAAUACAUUUUGUUAUUUUUACAAAAGUGAAAAGUUAACGUAACUGUCACAAAUGGACUGAAGAUAAAUUUGUGUAUUUGUAUUUAAAAUCUAAAUAUUGGUUAUCAGCCACAGGAGUAGGACAAAUAUCAGAUAUCGGCUAAAAUAAAACAAUCAAUCAAAAAAUCCUCAUGGGCUCAUCCCUAUCUGAGACCCCUCCCCCCUCCUCCUCCUCUCCUGGCUCUGAGCACGUCUCUUUCUGUUGGUUGUGGACAGUUUUAUGUUAACACGGCGAUAGGGGCGACGUUUAUACGGCCAUGUCUCAACGCAGACACAUCGAUCUGUUUUUAUAUUUGUUUUAUGUGGAAUGGAAAAUUAUUAAAUUCUCCAGAAUCCA